CUCUCUUUUCCAUUAGGCGAAGUUUGAGAAAAAAGUGAUGAAGAUAUCAAAACCUCCGCGACAUUGGCUUCCGAUGUUUUGUGUUGUCACAUUAUGUCUUCUUGCUACUACAGUUGUGGCUGGAAAGAACCCUUAUGUUUAUGCAUCACCACCGCCACCACCAUCUCCUUAUUAUUAUACUUCACCACCUCCGCCAUUGAACUCUCCACCACCGCCCUCACCGUAUUAUUACAAAUCUCCUCCUCCACCAUCCCCAUCUCCACCACCUACAUAUGUUUUUAAGUCUCCUCCUCCACCAUCACCAUCUCCACCACCACCAUAUGUUUACAAAUCUCCUCCUCCACCAUCACCAUCUCCACCACCACCAUAUGUUUACAAAUCUCCUCCUCCACCAUCACCAUCUCCACCACCACCAUAUGUCUAUAAGUCUCCUCCUCCACCAUCACCAUCUCCACCACCUCCUUACGUCUAUAAGUCUCCCCCUCCACCAUCUCCAUCCCCACCACCUCCAUAUGUCUAUAAAUCUCCUCCUCCACCAUCACCAUCUCCACCACCUCCUUAUGUCUAUAAGUCUCCACCUCCACCAUCUCCAUCUCCACCACCUCCCUAUGUUUAUAAGUCUCCUCCUCCACCAUCAUUAUCUCCCCCACCUCCAUACGUUUACAAAUCUCUUCCACCGCCAUCACCUUCUCCUCCACCUUCAUAUAUCUACAAGUCUCCUCCUCCACCGUUUCCUUCUGCACCCCCUCCAUAUGCUUACAAAUCUCCUCCACCACCUUCAUAUGUCUAUAAGUCUCCUCCACCGUCUUCAUGCCCACCAAAACCAUACGUUUACAAAUCUUCUCCUCCACCACCUUCUUAUGUCUAUAAGUCUCCACCUCCACCAUCUCCAUCUCCACCACCUCCUUAUGUCUCUAAGUCUCCACCUCCACCAUCUCCAUCUCCACCGCCUCCCUAUGUUUAUAAGUCUCCUCCUCCACUAUCACUAUCGCUCCCACCUUCAUACGUUUACAAAUCUCCUCCACCGCCAUCACCUUCUCCUCCACCUCCAUAUAUCUAUAAGUCUCCACCUCCACCGUCUCCUUCUCCACCCCCUCCAUAUGCUUACAAAUCUCCUCCACCAGCAUCACCUUCUCCACCACCUCCAUAUGUCUAUAAGUCUCCUCAAUCGUCUCCAUGCCCACCAACACCAUACAUUUAUAAAUCUCCUCGGCCACAAUCGCCUUCUCCUCCACCUCCAUAUGUCUAUAAGUCUCCUUCUCCACCACUUCCAAACGUUUACAAAUCUCCUCCACCACCAUCACCAUCUUCACCACCUUCUUAUGUCUACAAGUCUCCUCCUCCACCAUCUGCAUCUCCACCUCCUCCAUAUGUAUACAAAUCCCCUCCACCACCAUCUCCAUCCCCACCACCUCCUUACAUCUAUAAGUCCCCUCCUCCGCCUUCUUCAUCACCACCUCCUCCAUCUCCUUCACCUCCUCCACCAUACUAUUAUAAGUCUCCCCCUCCAUUGUCUCCUUCUCCACCUCCUCCAUAUGUUUACAAAUCUCCUCCACCACCAUCACCAUCCCCACCACCUCCUUAUAUCUAUAAAUCUCCCCCUCCACCAUCUCCAUCUCCACCACCUCCAUACGUUUACAAAUCUCCUCCACCACCAUCACCAUCUCCCCCACCUCCUUAUGUCUAUAAGUCUCCUCCACCACCUUCUCCAUUUUCACCACCUCCAUACGUUUACAAAUCUCCUCCACCACCAUCUCCAUCUCCACCACCUCCUUAUGUUUAUAAGUCUCCUUCUCCACCAUCUCCAUCACCACCUCCCCCCUAUGUUUACAAAUCUCCUCCACCUCCAUCUCCUUCACCACCUCCACCGUACUAUUAUAACUCACCACCUCCACCGUCUCCAUCGCCACCUCCUCCAUAUAUUUACAAAUCUCCACCACCACCUUCACCAUCUCCUUACAUUUAUAAAUCUUCACCCCCUCCACCCCAAUCACCACCACCCCCUUAUUACUAAACAUCUCACUCUCUGCUCACAAAGUCCCAACCUUUUUCAUACUAUGAAGUCUCAUUACCUCCACCUGUCACAUAUUAAAGAUUCUAUUUUUAAUCUUUAUAUCGAUGCAAGCUCCUGCAAUAUUCGAUGGAAUAUUUGAAUUCAUAUCUAAACAGAUUGAGUUAAUUACACUGUAUAAGUUCUUAUGUUAGGAGAGAAUCAAAUGAAUUAUUGUGUUUGAAUUAAAUUUAAAUUUGAUUAUGCCUUUGUAUUGGGACUAUUUUUUCAAA